GUGCAAGUGUAAGUGUAAGUGUGUGUGUGUGUGUGGAGGUGUGUGAGCGACUCCCGGGCAGCGGAGGCACAGGAAGCCGUGAGAGUCGAACUGCAGCGCGGGUAGCUCGCUUCCGGCGCCUCGGUAUCACCUCAGUGUCGCACCGGUCUCUCUCUCUACCUGUCUCUCUCUCUCUCUCUCGGUCGGUACACCGUGUCGGGUCGAGCCGCCAUAUCUCCUUCAGUGUGAACGACAAGGCACACCGGCGGGACCAUGCUGACGCUGCUGACGGCCAUGUAUGUGGUGGUGCGGGCGGUUUCCUCGGAGGCCGAACCAAUCCGUGUUCUGGUGACCGGCGCCGCUGGCCAGAUCGCCUACUCCCUGCUGUACAGCAUCGCCAAGGGAGAUGUGUUUGGUAAAGACCAGCCAAUCAUCUUGGUGCUGCUGGACAUCCCGCCCAUGCUGCCGGUGCUGGACGGAGUCGUCAUGGAGCUCCAGGACUGCGCCCUGCCGCUGCUGAGGGAGGUCAUCCCCACUGACAAGGUGGAGGUGGGCUUCAAGGACCUGGACGCCGCCAUCCUGGUGGGCUCGAUGCCCAGGAAGGAGGGCAUGGAGAGGAAGGACCUGCUGAAGGCCAACGUGGCCAUCUUCAAGACGCAGGGCGCCGCGCUGGAGAAGUACGCCAAGAAGACCGUCAAGGUUCUGGUUGUGGGAAACCCGGCCAACACCAACUGUCUGAUCGCCGCCAAGUCGGCCCCUUCCAUCCCCAAGGAGAACUUCUCCUGCCUGACCCGUCUGGACCACAACCGAGCCUCAUCCCAGGUGGCGAUGCGCUGCGGCGUUCCUGCCAACAACGUGAAGAACGUGAUCAUCUGGGGCAACCACUCGUCCACCCAGUACCCCGACGUGCACCACGCUAAGGUCAACGUGCACGGCAGCGAGAUGGCGGCGUACGACGCCGUGAAGGAUGAUGCCUGGCUCAAAGGAGACUUCAUCUCCACGGUGCAGCAGCGUGGCGCCGCCGUCAUCAAGGCCAGGAAGCUGUCAAGCGCCAUGUCGGCCGCCAAGGCCAUCUGCGACCACAUGAGGGACAUCUGGUUCGGCACCAAAGAGGGCGAGUUCAUCUCCAUGGGCAUUUACGCUGCUGGGAACUCCUACGGCAUCCCAGAGGAUCUCAUCUACUCCUUCCCUGUCCAGAUCAAGAACAAGAGCUGGAAAGUGAUGGACGGCCUCGCCAUCAACGACUUCUCCCGGGCCAAGAUGGACGCCACCGCGGCCGAGCUGGUGGAGGAGAGAGACACGGCGAUGGCCUUCCUGUCUCAGUGACUGACGCCCCCCACUGGCCAGCAGCCGCCACAGCACCUAGAUGCCCCCGACGCUCCCAGCUCGCGGCUCUGACCUCCAACUCUCCAACCUGAUUAUCAUCCUCCUACCACGUCUGUGUGUCACCUCUCUCUGUCUGUCCGUCUCUGUGUGUGUGUGUGUGUGUGUGUGUGUGUGUGUGUGUGUGUGUGUGUGUGUGUGUGUGUGUGUAAACGUGUGUGUGUAUGUGCGUAUGUAUGUGUGUGUGGGGCUCGGCCUCUUCUUCAGGUUUUUAGAAAAAACCUGUUUAUUGACCACAACCUGGCCUUGGCCUGAAGACACGAGAGAAUGUCUGUGUUGGUAGAUGAUAACGCACACUAGCUGUCCAGAAACUGUAACGGAACAUGUUCUAACAAUAAACAACAAAGAAACCGAUAACCGAUCAA